AUGCUGGUUUGCGCCGCCGUGGCCGUGCUCGUGGUUGCCGGCUUUGUUUGGCUCAUGGUGCAUAUCGCGCGUUUACUUCCCAUGAGGCACCCAGAUUACCUGGUGUCCAUGACCGGCGUCGACGGCCUGAACCUGGAGGCGACGAGCGGCGGCGUGCCGACGACGCUGUCACCAGUGUUCAACCUCACGGUCCGCAUCGUCAACCCCGGCAACGUCAACCCGUGGGACAGCACGUGCGUCUUGGGGCUAUCCACGGCUGUGGUGUCGUACGGGGACGCGUUCCUGGGCAGGGGCUCCGUGCCGCCGUUCUGCGCCGAGGAGAACGAGGUGCAGGAGCGCAUGGCCACGGCGUGGGGAGAGGACGUGGUGCUGCCGAGGUUCCUGCGGGAACGCCUGAGCGCUGAGCUGGAGCGGGGCGAGGCGUCGCUGGACGUACAGGUGACCAUGCCGGCGGGCUGUUCCCGGUGCACCGACACGGUGCUUGUCUGCAACAAGGUCAAGAUCGGAGGGAGUUCUCCGUCUCCGUGCCGCGUGGAGGAAGUCUAUCCGCGGCCGCAGCCAACGCCAGCCGCCGCAGGAUCCACCAGUUGA